CGUCUGCAGCUGACAGUGGACAGUGAUACAAAAAAGAACGUUUCCAGGAUGACAUCCAGGCAGACGGCAGCCUCUGAGGCUGCACUCGUCCCACUGCUUGUGGGCAAAGAAAUCUACAACAUCACUUUUGUCCUGGACAUCUCAGAGAGCAUGAGAGCUUCUCUGGGGUCAGUGAAACGCCUGCUGAUCCAGACACUGCUGACUAAAGCUUCACUCAGGAACUCUCUCUUCAACAUCAUGACCUUCUCAAAUAAGGUGAACUGCUGGUCCCACCACAUGCUCCCCUGUGCUCCUGACACAGUGUACACAGCUCUGUCCUGGAUUCACUCCAUCAGCUGCAGCCCGGGCAGGGAUCUCCUGGCCGCUCUGAGUUUGGCCCUCACUGACCCAGCCUGUCAUGCUGUGCACCUGAUCACCACAGCUCUCCCUGACCAGCCACAGUCAGUGCUGAGAGCCCUGCCCACUCUAGCAGCCGGGAAGCCUGUGAACAUUUUUUUCCUGCUGGAUUCAGAUGGUCAGUUGGACAUGGACACCAAAGAUUACCUGCAGUUCUUCACUCAUGCCACAAGAGGAAGCUGUUAUUUGAUUGUAGGCAGUCCAAUUGGGAAAGUGGGGAAGGUGAUUCCUCUGUAUGUUGCUGAGAACCAAUCAUCAGUGCCAACCUUCUCUCCAGUCAUGUCCUGCUGUCCAUUCACUUCAGUCACAAUCCCACAGCAGCACAACAACACACCUUCACCUCUGCUCAGGUGCAGUGUGGGUAAUUCUGUUCAGCCGCUCACCUCCUGCAUGUUGUCUGGACAAACACUGGGCAGUUCAGAGUUUUUCCCUGGAUCCCGUGUGCUGGCAAGGAGGGAGGUGGACGGCCUGUAUCACAUGGGCACCGUUAUACAGCCAGUUCAGGGCCCCACGGGAGUUUGGGUUGUUGAAUUUGACCAUCCAUUGCAGGCAAAUUGGGGGUUUGCCGCCUCCCAGAGACAGUUGGUUUGCGCACUUGACAUGGUAAACCACCACAUCAGGCAUCAGACUCACUGUCUCCUACCUGGAGAUGCUGUCCUGUCACCAUGGGAACCAAACCUGAGAAGAUAUGGGCCGGGGAGAGUGAUAGCAGCUACAGGCCGCAUAGUUGGCUUUGGAGAUCAGAAGUAA